CUCUCUCUCCAAGGCGGGCUCGAGUCGAAGCAUGGGGCCGGCUCCACCCGUGGCGGAAAACCCGGAUCCCGUUCAAGGGAAUCCUAUGGCGGAUACGCCUCAGCUUUGGGGGAGCCCGAAGUCUGCCGCAACUCAAAUUGAAGGCGCGCAGCGACCGCUCUUCUUAAUUAAAGGUGGACUUUUUCUUGCUACAGUUGCUACUGCAGGAAUGCUAGCAGGUUUUGGUACAACACUUGCCAUGGCUAAAAAGAAAAGCCCCAACUGGUUCAAUAAGGGUAUUGUUGCUACAGCUGCGUUGCCAGAGAGUGGUUCGUCUCUUGCAUUACGUGCCUUAGGAUGGGGUUCACUUUAUGCCUGGUGUGGUGUCGGACUAAUCAGUUUUGCUGUCUGGAAGGCUUUGGGUGUUCACAGUAUGAAUGAAUUUCGGAACAAAAUUCAAUCAGUAUUUCCAUCAAUUCCUAAAAAUGCAGCACAUCCUGUUGAAUGGGAGGACAUUCUGAAAUCCAAGUGAAUGACACAUGGAGGAACUUUGACUGAACCUCUUAAUGUUGAAGAGGAAUGUCAUAUACGUGGAAAUGUCACGCUUCAAGGAAUUGGCUGGGGGUGGUUGGGGGAAUAGGUAGAUGUCACCUGUGUGCAACACAGCACACCCUUAGUUUACCAGGCAAGAAUAAAAUGUACUGUUUGUUUGUGGUUGUUAUCUCAAGUGGUGGUAACAGCUAUAAUAAAUUUAGAUGACAUUCAAAAUGUGCAUGAGGACUUGUAUGAAGGAGUAAGCUCAAUAUGUUUCAGUUAAACAAAGAGACAGAUCUCAA